ACUCAGUCUUCUGAGACAGAAACGUUUCGCAGUCGUUUCUUUCGUUGCCUCGGAUUCUCUGCUAGUCCUCGAGAAUCGUUUUGCUUCUGUCUGGUUCAACAUUGCUUCUCCGUUCGCUUCUCAGUUGGUUCCUUUUGUGUCCAGGAACCAAUUUUCCUAGUAAGAAGUCAAGGAGCAUGGGUCGUGGAGUGAGCAGCGGUGGGGGCCAGAGUUCCUUGGGAUAUCUUUUUGGCGAUGGGGAGGCUCCAAAGGUAGCCGCCAAGAAGGUCCAAGAAGCACCAAAGGAAGGACAGGCUGUGAGUAAUGUCCCUCCCCCAAAACCUGCUCCUCAACCUGUAGAUGUUAGCAAGCAGAUUCCUGCUGGUAUAAAUAGUACUUCUUCAAACAAUUAUAUGCGUGCUGAUGGCAGCUCUUGCAACUUCAUUACGGAUCGGCCUUCAACGAAGGUCCAUGCUGCACCAGGUGGUGGCUCUUCUCUGGAUUACCUCUUUGGUGGUGGCAGCAAGUGAUAUAUGUCUUGGUAUUUUCAUAAUGAAGUAUUGUUUGCUGAUUCUUGUGGAGCUUGUAUCUUUUUGUAUUUCAUCCUUUACAUAAGCAGCAAAAAAUUUUGCUGGAUGGUGUGAUUGUAAUAUAGAUGCUAUGGUUGAAUCAAAACUCAAAUUUUGGAUGCAUAAACGUCUGCUAUCAAGGUCAAUUAUUGUCCAGAGCA